AUGGCGUUGCUGAUCCUCGCAGUGGGCGAAAACCCCAACUUGUGCUUCUACGCAUGGCGGCUCCAGUCCACGCAAGCAUGCUCCGUGUCCGUCGUAUCCACAGCCAUAGAUGUCCUGGCGCCGGUGCGCUGGCAGUCCGAGCUGCUCGGAGACAGCGUCUUCCAGCCCGACUUCCUGGCAAACUCAUUGGCCCAGCUCGACCCACAGCGCAAGUAUGACGUGGUGCUCCUCAGCGUGUCCAACUUGCAAAGUUUCCAGGACACGUGUACAGCCGUGGCACCACUCUUGCAUGCAGAUGCACUCGUGGUGGUGGAGUCCACGGGAUACGUGCAAUUGGAGCCGUUUGUGGUGUCCAGCUUGCCGAGCAAAGCCGCGGCCGUGUGCUCCAUCAUGAACGAGGCGGACGUGCGGCGCUUUCCCUACUCCAACACGUUUGUACACGCGGUGUUGAACCAGGACCAGCGCAUUUAUUUGGGCUCGUGCACGCCGGAGCUGAAGGCGGCGGCCCUGGUGCGGGACCUGGAAACAUACGCCCAAUUCUACAAGCUCUUGCAAAAGGUGCAGGAGCACCUGUCUGGCCAUGUGAGUCUCCUCCGCUCUAGCAACCCACAAGAGUUCAUGACAUACCAGUGGAAGCUUGCGUUGCCGCGCAUCGUGUUGAACCCGUUGCUGGUGCUUUUCGAGGAGCCGUUUCCAGCGCGCUUGAGCAAACAGAUCUUGGCCAAGCCAUUGAUCUCUGGCCUCGUUAACGAGCUAUUCAAGAUCAUCAAGAAAAUGGGCUGCAAGCUCAUUAAGGGCUAUGAGAACGAGGCCAACAUCAUGAAGAACUGGCUGGCACACUUCCCGGUGGCCGACGCACCGGCAUCGCCAGAGUUCCGUGACUCCAAUACUGUAUUCUACAGCUUCUUCCAUCAGAUGGACGUUGACGUAGAUUUGCUUUUGUUGCAGCCCAUCCUCUUGGGCGACGACCACGCUGUGCGCACGCCGUACUUGGAAAACUUAUACUCCAUCGUGUGUCAGUUGCUCAAGAUGAAUGCCACAGAAUCGGUCUUCUUCACGCGGAAACAUGGCUCACUGCCAGCCCGCGUCCGUGAAAUGGACGUUUUGCUGGCGGACUUGGCCAACUUAAAAACUCAACGCGACACCGCCGACGCCCAGUACCGCGACCGCCAAUUGCGUAUGCAACAACUAGAGACCUCCCUCUCGCAGAGGCAACAAGCGCAGGACGAGCUUGUGCGCAAGUUUGAAGAGCAAACUCGACUCUACGAUAGCAAAAUCGACGAGUUGGCGCGCAUCCAACAGCAGAGAGAGGCCGCAGUGGCGGAAUUAGACUCAAAUUUGCAGGGCAAGUCGUCAAUGCUUCAGAGCUUGGAGGCACGUGUCAUGCAAGCGGAGGCUGCAUGGACCCAACAGCAGCAAAGCCAACAGCAUCGUCUGGAGCCAGCACUGAAAACCCUGGCCGGCUAUACAGACGGAAUUCCCGAUACUGAAGCCAACGCGCAAGCUCCUCUUUCUAGCUCAGAGAAUAGCGACAUGGAGGCACCCAAGAGCAGGACCUACGCUCUCCUGGAAAUGCAGUCUCCGGAUCUCUCAGAUCUUUCACACGUGGCAGUCUACGGCGCUGCUUUAAAUGGGGACGUGGGGCCACCAGCCACACGUACGCCAUCAAACUCUGUCAGCAAGCCUGGCCCCCCACAUGCGUCCGGUGAUCUCUCUGAGAAAGAGAAGGAACUUCAGCGCAGAGAACAGGCCUUGGCUCAGAGGGAGCGAGAGCUCCGUACGUCGCUGCUGCAGGCGCCUGGUACUCAGCGCGAGCUUUACUAUGAUGCUCAGAGCGCAGAGCAACUUCAUGAUUCUUCUUUGGCGCAUCCUGUUCAGCCAGCAUAUCAAGCAGGCGUGCCCGCCAAUGACAUGCCAGGUAGCCUCAACAACGGUCAGAAUAAUUUCACCAAUGGUGGAUAUAGCAAUGGGCAGCACAACCCUAACGGUGGCUUCAACAAUGGACAGAAUGGAUUUAAUAAUGGUGGACAGAACUUGCGCCCGCCAUUUGCCCCAACGGGCCCCCAUACAUAUAGCCAACAGUACGAGGCAAUGGGCCACGAGCAGCGCCCGCCACACGGAUUGCCUCCGAAUGGGUUUCCACAAAAUUCGCUCCCACCCACGCUUCGAAACCCACAGAGGUACCAGCAAAAUGGAGCUCUGUUUAAUCCGCAGAUGCAGCCGCAGAGACCAAGGAUUCUGUCUCACGCUAGCGGCCCGGCAAGCGUGAAUUACGCCGGCCUGUUACCGCCUCAGAACAACCAGGCACAUAAUAAUGCAGCUCUGCAAAGCGCAGGGCCCCAAAACAUGCAACACCGGUCUAACAGUUUGGCGUUUCAGCAACAGAUGCCUAUGGGCCAGCAACAGAUGCCCAUGGGCCAUCAACAGAUGCCUAUGGGUCAGCAACAGAUGCCUAUGGGCCAUCAACAGAUGCAAAGCCAAGGCUCACUGCAGUAUCUGGUAAAUCAAACUAUGCACGCUGUGCCCCAAGGCUAUCCUGCUAAAAAAGGAAGUCGACGCUCGGCGUUUCCAGAUCAGGCACUUAAUAUUGACUAUGGAGGCCGUGGCGGGAUGCCCAUGCCUGCGGCCAAUGGUGGAAAGCCGAAACACGCCACGGGGGGUGGUCAUAUCCCCCAGUCUUCGCCGCCAAUUGGACAGGCGAGAAAGUCGUACCUGGGUGCAAAUUUAGCACGGCCGGGCCUGGACCUGGGGUUUCCCCGCGCCGUGAAUCAGAACGUGUCAUCUAACUCUAACUCUUUGACAUCGCACGCGAGCAUAUCUGAGGAUUCGCCCAAACCCUCUACACCAGACAGUCUGAAGGAUAUACGACUAGACGUGCCAGUGGCGGAGGUGCCGGCUAAACCACUCGGUGGUAUUGCCCCGCCACCAGAAGAGAAGAAAAAGAAGAAACGGAGUUUCCUCAAGAAGCACUAA